GGCUGUUUAUUUUUUAAAUUCUUCCUUUGUGAGCCAGGUUUUGUCAAACACCACCAAAAGAUGCCUGCCAAGACACCCAUCUACCUGAAAGCUGGCAACAAUAAGAAAGGGAAGAAAUUCAAGUUGAGGGACAUUUUGUCCCCUGACAUGAUCAGCCCACCUCUCGGUGACUUUCGCCACACAAUCCACAUCGGGAAAGAAGGACAGCACGACGUUUUUGGAGACAUCUCGUUUCUGCAAGGGAAUUACGAGCUCUUACCCGGGAACGAGGGAGAGACGACGGGCAACCAGCGUGGAGGGCACAAUGAGUUCCUGAGGGCAAACAGCACCUCUGACUCUGUGUUUACCGAAACGCCUUCCCCGGUGCUCAAAAAUGCCAUAUCCCUUCCUGCCAUUGGUGGUUCUCAAGCCCUCAUGCUGCCCUUGUUGUCACCGGUGACAUUUUAUUCAAAGCAGGACUCUUUGGGGCCGUUAAGGAAUCCCAGGCAUAGCUGCGAGCCAGUAAUGGAAGAAAAGUUGCAGGAGAAGAGCAAACAGUUGGAGAAUGGGAAAAUAUACAAAGGUGACGUCACAUGGCAGCGGGACGUCCCGACAUCACAUUAUGCUAACGGAAGAGACAGUCAUUCACCCAGCCUUUCAGAACAAUACACUGAAUGGCAAACAGAGGACUUAUUUGACAACGGCCAUCUUUCAUGCGAUUUAACCAAGACGCGAGUUAAAUCCGAAGAAUCCCUCUCGGACCUGGCCGAGCCUCUCCUGUCUCUGCAGCUUGACCUCGGGCCCUCGCUUUUGGAUGAAGUGCUCAACGUGAUGGACAAAAACAAACCGUAG